AUGGGUUCAAUCAGCUUUUGGAUGUGCUUGGUCAUGACGAUUUGCACCUGGAAUAAAACCAUCGGAUGCACAUGGAUGAAGACACUGCCUCGGUCUCCGAGCAUGUUCCAAGUGUUCAGCAACAACACCAUAACGAUGCUUCAGAAAAUGGGUCAUGAAGUAUCUCGAGGACCUCAGAUCACUUUCCCUGACAAACAAUACAGACAAGUAAAUAAUUUCAAGGCUGACGAACAGAUUGCCUUCAUUUCACAUACUCUGAACGGUAUAAAGAAAUUGUUCAGCAGUGGUAAAUAUGAGUCCACCGCCUGGGACCAGAAAGGAGUUGACAAGUUUAUGAAUAACCUCUAUCGCCAGACCUCGGAGCUGGACCAAUGCGUAAAGGCUAUGAAAACUAGACUAUCAAAAUCUGUUAACAGAGUGAACAAAAAGAUGAGCCUUCACUUCAAGUUCCUGAAGCAUUACUUGAAACGCGAGGAUUACAGCGCAAGCGGCUGGGAAGACAUACGGACAGUGGUGCUGGCACACCUACAAAGACUAGACACAACAUUAAGUAGCAAAUGA